CCCAGACACUCAACAACGUUCAAAAGAUCCACAGAAAACCCAAACGUAAAUACUUUACCAGUUGCUCAACGUAAACUAACGUUCUAAUGUUCCAUUCACAAAAAGGUGACCGUUCCAAAUUUAAAAAUUAAAAAAACAUCUGCACAGCGUUAUCGGGCGAUCACUCGAGAAUCGAUUAAUCGUAAACGCAUAGCAAAGCUAUCGAUUCAUACGGCCCGCUGCAUCGGUACCAUCAACACUGUUAAUUUUAGCCAGUCGAAAUCGCGAUGUCAAAGAUAGCGUACGAUAUACCAGCUCCGAAUGUUUACGUUAUUACACUGAAAACGAUGUUUUUCGUUCGCGAGUUAUUUUUAUGAGUGAAAAUCUGGCCUCUUCUCUCCGGAGAGCGGUCGUGCGGUCGCUUUUCGAAAUCGGGACCUACAUUUGAAUAGUUUUCUUAUAAAGGGAAAAUAUAGUGGUUUGUUGACAUUAUCUGAAACUAACUGUCGUUGAGUGCUUGUGGUUUUGUGCUGUGAUUUUGUUUGGAUUUCUACGAGGGAAACUUUAAGAAUUAAGGAUUAAAAGGAAUAUCUCCCAGCAGAAAUGACGGAAGACGUGUUACUCGACGCAUGGCGCGUGCGCUGGGGCAGGAUGUCGGGCAUGACGGGCGCCAGCAUGCUGCGCACACGACGCAAAGAUGUCAACCUCAAACCCAACCGGAAGUUGGACCGCAAGUCGUCGCGGGGUAUGCUCUUCGAGAACGAAGAGUUGCGUCUGCGCACUAUCAACAUUAACGCGGAGGUCGAACGAGGGCAGUCAGACAUAAAGAAGCUAAAACGAGAAAACGAUCAGCUGAAGAGAGAAAUCUCUGCACUCCGUUACGAGUAUGACCGUCUUGACCGCCUGCUGCGUGACCGAAAAUCCUCGCCUGACAACUCUGACGACAGCGCGUCUGUAUGCAGUGCGUGUCCAGAAUGCGCAAGUGUCGGAUCCGGGAGGGUGUUCCAUGACCUUGAGGCUGUUCCUGAGGAGGGCGAGGAGGGGAAUAAGAAAAAGCAAGGACACGGAAAACCACGGAUUCCACCCACGCCUAAGCAAACGCGUCGCAGUUCUAAUAAAGCCUCAACGCAGACCUUCAGCGGCGUUGAGUCCCCGUGCACAUGCGACGAUUGCCAGCAACCCGAAGACAUUCCCAUAACCAAGCAGCCAACCAGCACGCAGAUGACGCCCAUGAUGCCCAACACGCAACCCCUACCCGAGCGACCCGUCGACGUCCUCAUCCACGACAACCAAGAACCACAGUACUUCCAAAGCGUCACAUCACCCCCCUACCACGUCACCACACCGCCCCCUCCAGGCUUCGUCCUCGCCCCUUACCAACCACCCCGAUUCCACACCGGAGGAAACGUAGAAGACUUACUAGGAGAUGUCCAAAACACGCCCACGAUACAAACAACAUUCAUUCAGCAGAAUUCCGUCUUCAUGUGCGAAAGAAAAGUUAUGCAGAAAUGCUGCUGUCAGAAACGAGAACCGGCACCAACGACGUCGCAAGACGAGACACAGAAGUCUUAUGUGACUGAAAAGAAUAUAGAGCUAACGUAUGAUUAUCCGAGAAACACUCCAGUCACUGCAGCUCCUAGUCCUAAAUCUGGAGACGAGCAUACAACAACAACGACAGAAGUGGCUAGCACAGUUGUAUUCGUCGAAAGAAGGAUACCAGUGAAGCCGAAAAAGUUCGAUUUCUUCUUCAGAUCUCGAUCAGCUCCAGUUGGAGAUCACGAAGAACCUAUUUACGCAACUGUCAACAAAUUACCAAAAAGACUAAGAAGGAUGGAACUAGCAAACUUAGAGAAAGAAGUAGCUUACAAAUCUGGUGAGCCAGAUUCUUCCACGCGAACAGAGCUAACGUUCAAAACCGACUCAGAAUCUCAAGUACCUCAUCCAGAUGACGAUACUAGUAGAUCUGAAAGAGAAAAGUCCAUAGUCCCGCAAAGACCAGACUCUCCCAAAGCGAAGAAGCGGAAAAGAUUCUCGCUGACGUUCAAAAAGAGGGAGAGAAAAAGAAAAGAGAAAAAGGAUAUAAAGAAAGAAGUGAAAAAUGGAGUUGCGAAGGUGCCGGUGACAGAGAGUGAUAAUGAGAGGUUGAUAGACAAGGAACAGGAGAAGCCUAAGCUCUGCACGCGGCAUCGGCCGAGGAAUACGUUGUCGUCGUCAAGCUCGGGCCCGCGGUACAAGCGGGAUAGCUAUCAGGAGAUGACGACAUCCCACUCAGAGCACGAGCGAACGAACAGCGUGUGCUCAUCCGUUAACUCCCUGGCUUCAGCGUGCACCCACAAAUCCAGGAAACUCUCCGCCCCGCCUAUAGCCGACGGCUCUAUACCCUGGUGUGGGUGUUGGGGUGCAGGCUGUGUAUGAUAUGGACCUAGUUUAACCUCCUGGUCACACUUACUAAUCCGGGAAACUCUCCGCUCCGCCUAUAGCCGGGUGCUGGCGUGCUGGCUGUGUGAUAGGAGCUAUAGCCCUAGUUUAAACCCCUGGUCGCACUUACAAAUCCAGGAAAGUCCUCUCCACCCAUCGCUGACGGCUCCAUACCCUGGUGCGGGUGUUGGGGUGCUUGCUGUGUAUGAUAUGGAGCUAAUAGUUUAACCCCCUGGUCGCACUUACUAAUCCGGGAAACUCUCCGCUCCACCCAUCGCUGACGGGUCCAUACCCUGGUGCUGACGCUGAUGCUGGUUGUGGGUGAUAAACUGGAGGCAUUAUCAAUACUUUCUCGGACUUGUACAAUCUGUAGAUAGGGUAUGAUAUAAAUUUAAGCAAGGUUCAGAAUUAUGUAUGAAUGGAUGGAGCUCUGUACAUUUAUAAAAAAAAAAAACAUUUCAUCUCUUUUAGCUCAGAACUGUUGAUGAUUAAGUUCAAUAGGAAUUUUGUUAUUCCGCCACCAAUAUAGAGUAGGUAGUCGUUCAAAGUGUUAAGCUAGGCUUCAACUGUAGGGUAAAGUUGAAUCUUUUAAAGAUACACAUAUCAUGGACCAAAAAAAACUAAGAUCUUAAGAAAUUUGAUGUUUUAUUGUAUAUUUUACCUCAAAGUUAGUAAUAGAGAGGAAACAUUUGGGAUUUAAAUUAACUUCCGCCAACAGCUUUGCACUGCCAGAAAUAGGACGAAGAGUUCCCUUCUGAUUCCUGAAGAAUGAAGAUGAGGUAAGAGGGAGGGGAGAAGAUGAGAGGACCUCCUUUCCCUGCCCUGGGCAAAUAAACUACAUUUUUAAUCCACUUAUUCCACCUGACCUUUCUAAAGCACAAUAGUAACACAAUGUGUUGAAUUGCAGGAUAAAUAUCAUUGUUCAAUUUGAUCACAGAAGAACCUUAGCUGUAAAUAAAACUUUGUUGAAUAUAGC